UUGUACUGCUGUUCCCCGUCGGACUGAGUUGCAGGCUGUACUCCAUGUGUUGUGCUCCGCAGCGUGUCUCCGGUGUGUUUACAGAACUUUCUCCGGUGCUUUCUCUCUAACUUCUCUAUCCGGUGACACCUGCGGUCCCAGCUCCUUCCCGCCAUGCCGGGCGGCAGCUCUUUGUUCUCCGGGUUCCGGGUCCUCGCGCUCUACUCAAACCACGUCCCGCACGCGCUCCGGUUCCACAAGAAGCACCGCGAAUUCUACCUGCUGACCGCGGCCGGGAAGUGCUUCCACACCUACAACGUGAACAAGCUGGGCAUCGUCUCCGUCAGUAACAGUCUGAGCGAUGACAUCAAUGUGUUGGCGGCAGACAGGAUGCUGGUGUUCGUCGCCGCCGGACGACUCGUCAGCGCAUUCGCCCGAAACAAGGAG